CUACAUUUCCGCUAUCCCUCGCCGGCCUGACGAUCGUCUUGCUGUAUGCCACAUUGUACUCAGUCCAUGAGUAUUCGACGUACUGUGGCUGCAGCUACCUCUUCUUUUUCUGUGUCCUGACUGCUCUUCUUCUUCUUCAACUCCCUACUUCCUCUUUCCCAGCUUCUCUGAACUUCAAUCCUCAAUCUUCAAUCUUCAUUGAAGCUUGCUGGGCUUCCUCGUUCACUAUGGCGCCUGCAGCUGUUGCUUCGAAUGGCAACCACGCAGCUACCAAUGGUCACCACUUCGUUGCAGCUCCAGAUAUCAAUGAUGACCCAGACCGCGUCAAGUUCGCAUACUGGGUGCCCAAUGUCUCGGGAGGGCUGGUGAUUUCCAAGAUCCCUCAGAGAACCCACUGGGAUUACGAGUCCAACGUGAGAUAUGCGCAGACGGCCGAGAAUGUUGGCUUUGAGUUUGCCUUGACGCAGAUUCGGUUCAUGGCGGGGUAUGGCGCGGAAAACCAACACGAGUCGGUAUCCUUCUCACAAGCUCUCCUCCACAACACCAAGAAACUCAAUGUCAUCGCCGCGAUCCUACCUGGGCCGUGGAACCCCGCAGUUGCAGCUAAGCAGGUCGCCAGUAUCGACCACUACACAAAUGGUCGUAUCUCAAUCAACGUAGUAUCAGGAUGGUUCAAAGCAGAGUUCACAAGCAUUGGUCAAUGGUGGCUCGAACACGCCGAGCGUUACCGACGAAGCCGCGAAUUCAUCGAAUGCAUCAAAGGCAUCUGGACUAGCGACAAGUUCACCUACCGCGGCGACUUCUACCAAUUCCACGACUACCCGCUAUCUCCCAAGCCGCUCAACCUCCCCGGCCGCCCGCACCCGCUGAUCUUCCAGGGCGGCAACUCCAUCGACGCCCGCGAGAACGGCGCCCACGUCUCGGACUACUACUUCAUGAACGGCAACACGCUCGAGGGGUUCCAGGAGCAGAUCGCCGACGUGCGCGAGCGCGCGCGCAAGCUCGGCCGCGAGCACGAGAUCCGCUUCGCUGUCAACGGGUUCGCCAUCGUGCGGGAGACCGAAGCCGAAGCGAUCCAAGUACUACAGGAAAUCCAAGGCAAAGCGGACGCGGACGCGGUAGCAGCAUUCAGCAACGCCGUCAAGCAAGCGGGCUCCUCGACGGGCAACAAGACCGGCAUGUGGGCGGACAGCAAGUUCGAAGAUCUCGUGCAGUACAACGACGGCUUCAAGACGAAGCUGAUCGGCACGAAAGAGCAGGUCGCGGACCGCAUCCUGCUGCUCAAGUCCCUGGGUAUCGAUAUUGUCCUCCUGGCCUUCCUGCACUACGAGGAAGAAGUCGAGGAGUUCGGGAAGCAGGUGUUGCCGCUGGUGAGGAAGCUGGAGAAGGAAGGUAGGGGCAAGAAUGCAGAGGAGGAGAUCAAGAGGACGGGUGAUGUGUACAGAUCUAGGAAACGGAAAGCGGAGGAUUAGAAGCCCCGUUUCUGGGACGCAUCCUCUCUAUCUAUCUUACCUUAUCUACCUAGGUAUCUUGGGUUAAAAUUAGGUUCAAAAGCCUGACACCUCGCGUUUCUAUUUACCUUACUCCCACGUCGUAAUCUCUAGAUCAACUCACCAAGUUUGUGACAAGC